UACAAAUUUUAACCAUAUUCUGAUGUAACCAGAACUAUACAGUAAGACUAUUUCAAUACUUAAUAGGAAGUAUGCAAAAGCAAGAUUCAUUAGAUGAAAGUGUUCAAAUGGAUACACCUCCACGAAGUCCGCCAGAUCCGUCAACUAAUGAAGAAUUAAUUGAAAUAUCUCAUUUACCUCCAGUACCCACACAAAUAAAAGAACGAUCCGAGAUGACCCCAAGACAAAGGUGGCACGUGGCUUUUAACAAAAUCGUUAUUCAAUUAAAUGUGAGUAAGCUUAAAAAUAUACUAAUUUUUGCAUCAAACAUCUAA